AGUUGGAGCCGCUGAACACAUAUCUUCCUCGACCUUUCUCGCUGCAACAAGCCUACAACCAACAAUGGGUAUUUCUCGUGAUUCCAUGCACAAGAGACGUUCCACGGGAGGCAAAAAGAAAGCAUGGAGAAAGAAGAGAAAGUACGAGCUCGGGCGACAGCCUGCGAACACGAAACUAUCAAGCAACAAGACGGUAAGGAGGAUUAGGGUGCGAGGAGGGAACGUAAAAUGGCGUGCCUUGAGGCUUGACACGGGAAACUACUCAUGGGGGAGUGAGGCGGUUACCCGCAAGACUCGUGUACUGGAUGUGGUCUACAAUGCUUCUAACAACGAGCUUGUGCGUACCCAGACCCUGGUGAAGGGUGCAAUCGUUCAGGUCGAUGCUGCUCCCUUCAAGCAGUGGUAUCUUCAACAUUAUGGCCUCGACAUUGGCCGCAAGAAGAAGCCUUCCGCUUCCGCCAAGAAAGAUGGAGAGGAAGUUGAGGCUACAACUGAGGAGGCAAAGAAAAGCAACCAUGUCCUGAGGAAACUUGAGAAGCGCCAACAAGAACACAAGCUUGAUCCUCAUAUUGAAGAGCAGUUUGGUGGUGGUCGGUUGUUGGCUGCAAUCUCAUCUCGGCCUGGUCAAUGCGGUCGAGCUGAUGGAUAUAUCCUGGAGGGCAAAGAACUAGAGUUCUACAUGAAGAAGAUCCAGAGGAAGAAGGGGAAGGCUGCUGGAGGUGCUGCUUGAGUUUUUCUUUUUCUGUUUCUUUUUCAUAUACUUUGUUUUUGAGCUUUCUCUGUUUUUUUUGGGCGGGAGGUAGGACAUAUUUUUGCAUUUCUAUAUAUCAAGUUAUCAACUAACUCGGCUUAGAUGCUCCUCAGUUUGAACUUUCCCCUCCUUUUUUGGGGAAAAUUUUCCAUUGAAUUGCUCAGAACACCAGUUUAUUA